AUGAUCAAUGGAGGAGAUGCUGCCUAUAAUAAGAUCAAUUGUGGCAAUAAUGCUGAUAACAAGGUCAAUGAUGGUAAUGAUGCUGAUAAUAAGGUCAAUGAUGGCGGUGAUGCUGAUAAUAUGAUCAAUGAUGACGAUGAUGCUGAUAAUAUGAUCAAUGAUGAUGAUACUGAUAAUAAGGUCAAUGAUGGUAAUGAUGCUGAAAAUAAGGUCAAUGAUGGCGGUGAUAUUGAUAAUAAGAUCAAUUAUUGCGAUGAUGCUGAUUACAAGGUCAAUAAUGGUGAUGUUGUUGAUAUGUUGAUAACGCGGGCAGGGAUUCCUCAUGCUGAUGAGUAUGGUGAUGAUGCUGAUAACGAGGUAAAUGAUGAUGACUAUGCUGAUAACGAAAUCAGUGAUUGUGAUUAUGAUAAUAACAAGGAAUUGAUGGCGAUUAUGCUGAUAACAAGGAUAACUAGACUAUAA